AUAAAUAGCCCAAUGCGACUGCCUUUCACCUGAGCUAUAUUUUCCUCUACGCGGAAGAAUAAAAGAUUUUUUAUUACAAUUGUGAUAAGAGAUCGAAUUCUUCAAAUUUUUGCAUAAUGGCUAUGAAUUUGCCUCAUCAGAUCGGAGCAAUCUCCGGCGCGGCGUUGUGUGCGGAUGCGGGUGUGGUUCCCGGCGAAGCGCCGUCGUCUUCUACCGUAACAGCGGUUUGGAGAUCGUCAGGGACGAGUAAUAUGGGGGUUUCGAUGACGAUGAACGGACUGGAGAAUGGCCGAGUGUCGCCGUCGCCGCCGUUCACUCCGCCCCUGGGCUCGGUGCGGCCGGAGAUCUCGCUGUCGCUGGCGGCAGAAGCGCUGAUGUCUGCUCCGAUUAGCACGGGUGACGUGCCGGAUAGGGAGUACAUAGCUGGCGGAAAUGCGCGGGGGGAAGAAAAGAAGAAUGGGGUGCCGGUGUACGUUAUGAUGCCGUUGGAUAGCGUGACGUGGAACCACACGGUGAAUAGGAAGAAGGCGAUGAACGCUAGCCUUCAGGCGUUGAGGAGUGCGGGCGUGGAGGGGAUAAUGAUGGAUGUUUGGUGGGGGUUGGUGGAGGGGGAGAAACCCGGGGAGUAUAACUGGGCCGGGUACUCGGAGCUUCUGGAGAUGGCGAAGAAACACGGGCUUAAGGUGCAGGCUGUGAUGUCUUUUCACCAGUGCGGCGGAAAUGUUGGGGAUUCUUGCACAAUUCCUCUGCCCAAUUGGGUUGUAGAGGAGAUCAACAAGGACCACGAUCUUGCAUAUACUGAUCAAUGGGGUAGGAGGAAUUACGAGUACAUAUCACUUGGAUGUGAUACCCUUCCAGCACUCAAGGGAAGAACUCCUGUGCAAUGUUAUUCAGAUUUCAUGAGGGCUUUCAGUAAUGAAUUUGAGCACCUUCUCGGUGACACCAUUGUGGAAAUUCAAGUUGGAAUGGGUCCGGCAGGCGAGCUUCGAUAUCCCUCAUACCCUGAGCAAAACGGGACAUGGAGAUUUCCUGGGAUUGGAGCUUUUCAGUGCUAUGACAAGUACAUGCUCAGUAACUUAAAAUCAGCGGCUGAAGCUAUUGGUAAACCUGAAUGGGGGGCCACCGGGCCGACAGAUGCAGGCAACUACAAUAGCUGGCCUGAAGAUACAAACUUCUUCAAAAAAGAAGGCGGUGGCUGGAACAGCCCCUACGGGCAGUUUUUCCUCUCUUGGUACUCCCAAAUGCUUCUCAACCAUGGCGAGCGGAUACUACAAUCAGCCAAGACUAUAUUUAAGAACAAGAGCGUAAAGUUAUCAGCCAAGAUUGCAGGUAUCCACUGGCACUACGGCACCCGGUCCCAUGCUCCUGAGCUCACAGCAGGGUACUACAACACCCGUUUCCGAGACGGUUACCGUCCUAUCGCACAAAUGCUAGCUCGCAAUGGUGCUAUCUUCAACUUCACCUGUAUCGAGAUGAGAGAUCACGAGCAACCACAGGAUGCUCUGUGUGCGCCUGAGAAACUCGUCAGGCAAGUCGCUUUAGCCACUCAAGAAGCUGGGGUUCCACUUGCUGGAGAAAACGCACUGCCAAGGUAUGAUGGGUGCGCACACGAACAAAUAUUGCAGGCCUCGGCAUUGAAUGUUGAGGGGAACUCAACCGGGAGGGAGAUGUGUGCGUUUACCUAUCUGAGGAUGAACCCGGAUUUGUUUCAACCGGAUAACUGGAGACGGUUUGUGGAUUUCGUGAAGAAAAUGAGAGAAGGGAAAGAUGUGCAGCGGUGUUGGGAGCAAGUUGAGCGUGAGGCCGAGCAUUUUGUGCAUGUGACUCGGCCUUUAGUGCAAGAAGCUGCAGUCGCGCUUACGCAUUAAUGCCGAUAUAUGUAGGAUGGUAUGCACGGACUAGAUCUUAUAUUCUAGAUCCUAUUCCAUCCUUUAAUUUAUUUAAUAUACAAAUGCCACAUGUACAAAAAUUUCCCUUAAAUAAAAUAAAAUGACAUAAUCUAUA